UGUCAGUCUUUCUUUCUUUGAUAGUGAGAUCUUAACACUAAAGAAAGAGUCUUAACAAAGAGGGAAAAUGGAUUAGCCAUUUCCCAAGUGCCUCCGGCCGACACCAUGGGAGCCUCACCCUUAAGCUUCUCCCCAACUCUGUUACUAUUAGUUUCACCUUUUCUUCUUCUUCUUCUUCUUUUUCGUAAUCAUAACUUAAACCAAACCCAGCUAAUCAUUCACUCUUUUUCAGCUCCUCUGACUAAUAGUUAUUACAUUUAUAAUACUACUAGUACUAGCAGUACCCAAAGUGAUGAUACUUACAACACCAACCGUACAACUCCACCAAAAAUUUAUUUAGACUUUAUUGACUCAAAUUUUGUGCAUCCAAACAGUACUACUUAUAAUCAUAGUAUUUUGGGUGGUAAAAAUAUCAUCAAGAAGAAGAAGAAGAAGAAGGGUAGGUUGGACAGAAUUGAGUAUGAUUUGACUCAGGCUCGAGUAGCUAUUCAUCAAGCUAUUGUGUCUAAAAGUUUUAAGUCUGAUAGGAAAGAGAGCUUUGUACCAAGAGGUUCCAUUUACAGGAAUCCAUAUGCUUUUCAUCAGAGUCACAUAGAGAUGGUGAAAAGAUUCAAAGUGUGGAGCUACAAGGAAGGAGAGAACCCAAUAUUCCACAUGGGACCAGUGAACAACAUAUAUGGGAUUGAAGGACAAUUCAUAGAUGAAAUAGAGAGUAAGAAGAGCCCAUUUUGGGCAAGACAUCCAGAGGAGGCUCAUACAUUUUUUCUGCCAUUGAGUGUGGCCAACAUCAUUCACUACGUUUACAAGCCAAGAAUUACUGAAGAUGACUACAAACGAGAUCGUCUACAUAGACUGGUGAAUGAUUACGUUGGUGUUCUGGCCAAUAAGUAUUCUUACUGGAAUAGAAGCAAUGGUGCUGAUCAUUUCAUGGUUUCUUGCCAUGAUUGGGGACCACAAAUUUCAGGUGGCAAGCCUGAACUUUACAAGAAUUUCAUCAGAGUUCUGUGCAAUGCCAACACCUCAGAAGGAUUUAAGCCCAAUAGAGAUGCCUCACUCCCUGAAAUCAAACUCCCUGUUGGAAAGCUAGGCCCACCAAAAGCGGGCCAAGGCCCAAACAACCGCCCAAUUCUAGCCUUCUUUGCAGGCAGGGUGCAUGGAGGUAUUAGAAAGAUCUUGCUCAAACACUGGAAGGACAAAGACAAUGAUGUCCAAGUCCAAGAGAUGCUCACAGGGGCCCAAAAUUAUCACAAACUAAUGGGCCAAAGCAAGUAUUGCUUGUGCCCAAGUGGACAUGAAGUGGCAAGCCCAAGAGUGGUGGAGGCUAUAAGUGCAGGGUGUAUCCCUGUGAUUCUCUCUGAGGGUUACUCAUUGCCAUUUAGUGAUGUGCUUGAUUGGAGCCAAUUUUCAAUUAAAAUCCCAAUCUCAAAGAUUCCAGACAUUAAGAAGAUCUUACAAGCUGUUCCAAAUGAGCAGUACCUAGAAUUAUACAAGAGAGUGAUUAAGGUUAAGAGACAUUUUGUGUUGAACCGGCCGGCCCAACCAUUUGAUAUGAUUCAUAUGGUGCUUCACUCCGUUUGGCUGAGAAGGCUCGACUUUAAAUUUUGAAGCUUGAACUUUUUUUUGUGUGCAGUAUAUGUGUUGUAUAUACAAAUUUACAAUGGAAAAUUUAAAAGAAUAAAGUGAAGACUUUUUUUGUGUU